AUGGAUGCCAGCGCCCGCGACACUCCCGGCGCGUCGUCCCCAAGCCUCCGAAAGACGCCCAUCCACUCCUGCCCCCGGGCCACCCCUUUGCCCGUCCCCAGGGGUUCUCGAACGCCUGCCUCGGGCCGAUCUAGGCGCCGGCUGGGCAGCCUGACCAACAGGAAGCGCGGCCUGGAGACGGUGCAGGAGACGCCCGUGGAGAGCGGAAAGAUGCGCACACCGCCCACGGAGAGACGAGAGGAGCGCCGCUUUAGUGACGAAGCUCUGAGGGGGCGGCCGCUUUUUGAAUCUGCGGGCGAUGGCACAAUCCCGCCAAUGGGGUGCGAUGUCGACGAUUGUGGGACAGCAGAGGUGCCGGAGUAUGAAGGCUGCAGGCGGAUGGGCAAGCCCGAGAGAGAAAUCGAAGCUGCAGCUUUUGCAGAAUGGGAAAGGGAGAUCGAUGAAGCCGUGGCGGCGUUUGCUGCAAACCCGCCGCUGCCGUUCCUGCCAUGGGGACCUGAGCGAGAGGCGGAGCUCAUCUCUCUAGAGGAGAAGAUUAGGGAAGCGGAGGCUCGCUCUCCGUGGGCCGCCCAUGACGCGCUCGAAUAG